AUGAAGUCACGAUCGCCCAUUCGCCGGUAAGCACGAUUUCUUUUCUAGAAUUGCAUUUAGCUGGGGAGGUCCGCCGAAUAAGCGUAAACGUGGUUCCAACUUUGAUGACCUGAAAGCACCAAGAUGGGAUCUAGAGAGUUUGCCUCGGUUCGAGAAGGUGUUUUACAGGGAGCUGCCGUCCGUGUCAAGCAGACCACAGGAAGAGAUUGACAACUUUCGUGCCGAAAAUAGAAUGACUCUGUCUGGAAGAGACAUCCCACGCCCCAUUUUCAACUUUAACGAUCUUGAGUUGCCGCCGUAUAUAGCUGGCGCAUUUCAGCGCGCCGGUUGGGCCAAUCCCACACCCAUACAAUCUCAGGGUUGGCCUAUGGUUCUCAGCGGCCGAGACGUGGUGGGUAUCGCCCAGACUGGUUCUGGAAAGACUGCGUGUUAUCUGGUGCCUGCGAUUAUCCAUAUUCUUGCUCAGCCGCGACUCCUUAGGGACGACGGACCUAUCUGUCUGGUUCUCGUCCCUACGCGCGAGUUGGCACAGCAGGUCAUUACAGUCGCUGAAGAGUUUAGCGCUCCGGCUCGUUUACGGACCGUUUGCCUCUAUGGUGGCGCAUCAAAAGGCCCUCAACAAAGAGCCCUCACCCACGGUGCAGAGAUUUGCGUCGCUACCCCAGGACGCUUAAUAGAUUUCCUGAAAGGAAACGCGUAAGUCAAACCGGUUGCGUAAUGGAAACUUUAGCACCAACUUGAGGCGUUGCACCUACCUGGUUUUGGAUGAAGCAGAUAGAAUGCUUGAUAUGGGCUUUGAGCCGCAGAUCCGGAAAAUUGUGGAACAGGUCCGCCCAGACAGACAGACUGUGAUGUGGUCUGCGACGUGGCCCAAAGAAGUUCAGGCAUUGGCCCGCAGCUUUCUAAAAGACUAUAUCCAAGUUAAUAUUGGCUCCACAUCGCUGCAUGCAAACCCUAACAUUACCCAAGUCGUUGAUGUCAUGGAUGAAUACGACAAGGAAAGUAGGCUAUGUGAACUUAUUCAGUCAUUCCACGGCCUGCGAUGUCUGGUAUUUGCGGAGACGAAAAAGAGGACGGACCAGGUUGCCUACUUUCUCAGACGUCGAGGGUUUCGGGUCGCCGCUAUGCACGGUGACAAGGCGCAGCGAGAAAGGGACGCGACUCUAUCAGGUAACUACGCUUCCUAAGUUACUCUGUCAGCUUUCCGAAGUGCAAAAAUUACCGUAUUGGUCGCCACCGAUGUUGCCUCACGUGGACUGGGUAUGCUAUUUUAAUUUGCUUAUGCGUCACAGAUAUCGAUGACAUUGAGUAUGUAGUUAACUACGACUUCCCGAAUCAGACGGAAGAUUACAUCCACCGAAUUGGUCGAACAGCUCGAAGUAACAAGAAAGGAACAGCAUUUACAUUCUUUACACGGAAAAAUGCAAAACAAGCUGCAGAUCUGGUCGAGAUAUUGGAGGAGGCUAACCAGGAAGUAAACCCUCAACUUCUGCGAAUGGCUGGUGGUCAUAGCCGCUUCUCAAAACGGGGGCGAAACGGUAAGUACCUGUGCUACUUGCCCCAGUUAGUACUUGUGCUUAGUGUGUCCUAGUUCCGUAAAUUACUACUGAUGUUCCGCCAGCCGGCUCUUUUGGCAUGCCGUUCUAGUUCCCAAACGGCUUUUUCUUCGUCUCUGGUUGCUGUCGCGACCCCAGUGAGUGGCAGAUCACUGCAUUAACGUAGUCUUGAUUUUCUUGCUAACAAGUAAUGAUUUGCCUGGUUGCUCCCGCCUGGUGUGACGUUUGGACUAGAGGCUCUUGCUCCCUAGAACUCGAGUGUGACUUUGGACCUAACUAGAAGCCACACGGUCCUGCGGCAGUCAGACGGACCGCACUGCAAUGUUGAAUGGACCUUACGACAUGUCUCUUGCUGCGCCCCGUCUCCUCCAGUAUGCGUGAACUGGACUUGCAAAUAGUACCGGACGUAGAAGUGGAAAUCAAAUAAGGCCUAAUCAUUGCGUACUCAUCACUAAAGAUAUGGCACCUACUUUGAUUGUCAAGGCCCACUGAAAGUGGUGGGUUUUAUGGCCACCAAUUGACUGGGUAAUUUGGCCUUUUGGACUUGUGUCCAGACUGCAAUUGCUCUUAAUUGUGGCCGUUAUGGGAACUGACAUAUAAACUAACCAAAUUCUUUUUGAACCGGUUCGUGUGUAUGUGGGAUUUGACAGGUGUGUGGCAUGCGUGGCGUGGGUUUUGCCAUGUCAGCCACUGCGCGCCUGUACAGUUUCACAUUUACCACUGGUGUGGGGAGAGAAAGUAUGGUGAGUGGUGCGACCGCUUUCCUUACUGUAAACUAAUUCAUCCAAGUCGCCUUUUCGUCUGUCUCUGGUGCGUCUAAUCGACGAGAAGGCGCGUCCACUUCCGCUUUUGAUCCACCACUGCCACUCCUUUUCGAAAUAGUAACUGUUAUGGCGAGCAAACGCAUUUACGCCUUGCACUUUCCUCAUGAUCAAUGGCGUUUUCUCUCUGUUGAUGUAGCCGGGCGGUCUGUCGAUGCCGUCUUAUUAUCCCGAUGCCCAGAAUCGGGUAUCGUAUCUGCCUUUCCUUUAUGGUCCUUUAGAUAGUUUUUGCGUACUUUUUGUUAUGCAGAAUGUCUCAACUUCAUUUUCUACAGAUUACCCAUCGAACCGCUUCAACCCCCGAAGCGGCCCACUUGGACGAUCAGAAGAUAGCCAUGAUUCACGCUUUAUGCAACAUAAUUCCCAAGGUGGGGCGCCAGUAGCACAUUUCAGUGGGCCUAUGGCUCUACCGCCCAGAAACGGGCCCUCUUACAGCGGUAACGCAGUUCACUCCAGCGUUCCCCAGACUUCUUAUAACGAGCCUCAUCGGGGCCCGGUAACUGAGUAUGGCUCUAAUUUGCCACCGACAGGGCCCCGCCCAGCCAUGGGAAGUGCUAUUCCCGUCCCUGAUCAUGCCGGCGAAAAGAGAAGCUUUUCGCAGUCUUCAGGCGCUGUUCCCAACGGGAACGCCUAUCCCCAACCUGCUAAGAUCAGUAAAACAGCUUGGGGUGAUGCCCCGGGGGCAGCGCCUUUCCAGAAUCCGCUGUCUGUCGAAAAAUCAGCUAUGACUUAUAGUGGCGCUGGGCAAAGUUCUGAUAGAGACUUCACUGCUACAAUCGGCGCUCCACCUUGGGGACAGACCUCCGUGCAGACGCAGCCGCCUCCGUCCAGUGUGAACGUGGCUCCGCAAGCGCCGCUUCCGUGGGCUUCUAAUCCUUCGUUUCCUGCUCCACAAGCGCCACCGGUGGCGGCCUCCGCACCCCUGCAGCUGACCGCACAGCCGAAUGUUCCUCAGGGCAAGUGGUCUAGUCAAGUGUUCCCACAGCCGUCGCCCGCGGCCAUGGCUCCUAAUUCCAACCAGUCCUUUGUGGGGGGACCAAGUGGGUCCGCUUUUUCCCCCCUGCCGCAAGUAAGCGGGUCCCAGGGCGGCCAGCCUGGAUUCGAUGUCAACUACCAGCAGUAUGUGGUUCAGCCACCACACAGCGGAUUUACGCCCCAGUCCUGGCCAACCAGGCCUGACUGGCCGCAGCAGUCAUACAAAGGCUAUUGA